CUGACGGAGUUCUUACAGUGGUAUGCAACCACCUUCAAAGACCCCAUGAUGCUCCAGCCCCCAGAGUGGUUUAUGGCCUUUAUAUACUGCGAAGCCUUCUUACAAAUGCCCUUCUUCCCCGUCGCAGCGUACGCCUUCCUAAAAGGUGGCUGCAGAUGGAUAAGGACUCCCGCAAUAAUCUACUCCACCCACGUAGCUACAACGGUGUUUCCCAUCCUCACGUAUAUCCUGUUUCACGAUUUUUCAAAGUCUGAGCAUUUGGGACCUCAGACGCUUCGCGAGCGCCUCACUCUGCUGUCCGUAUACGCGCCGUACUUGCUGAUACCCCUCCUGAUUCUGUUCACCAUGCUCUACAACCCCUACUACAACCAGGUGGAGAAAAGGAAGAGGAGGUAG